AUUUCACAAUUGUCGCAUAAGUAAGCAAGUAUUUUACUAAACUACAGUGGCACAUUGUUUUGUAACUAUUAAUAAAUCUUUUUUUGAUUGAAUAAAAACAAUUACGUAAUCGUCGAUGCAGAAAGUUGAAGGUAUGACGGAGACACCUACAGCCGAUGCGUUUCUUCCUGCAAUUCUUACGUAAUCCACUAUUGUUUACGUUGCCCGAGUGAAAAUUUAGAUAUAAAUCCAAAGACUUAAAUAGCAAUCUUAGUAGAUUACCUAAGACGUCACGCACUAACGAUAAUUAAAGUUACGAAUUGGAUUGAUUAAUUUUGAAGUUUUUCUUGAGGCAUCGGCAGACCGAACUGUUAUGCACUCCGUUUAAAACCAGAGCUUUUAAAUGACUAUUGGAACAAACGUUCGAGCUGCUUGAACGGUUCUGUGGAUUACAAAGGUAAAUCGCGACAAACGGUUUCAUAAAUAAAUCGACAACUAGAAGUGUUGGUGGUGUUAAAAUAAAAUAAAAUUUUGAAAAACAAGGGGCAUCUAAAUAAAAAAAUAACCAUGAGUGUCUUGUUUAUGCGGGACAAGUGCUUCAGAGACCGGUAAAUUCGCAGUUUUUGACAAAACGACUAAGCUGAUGUCCAACGUCUUGGCGAAUCUUUGACGAAUUUAUGGGUUCUUAGAUGCACCUGUCCAGUGAAAGUGAAUCAGGGUAACCCUCACCAAACACGGUUCGUAUAAAUAGACACCUAAGCGGGGGUAAAGCAUCACUUGCUGCAAGUCAUCUCCCAUAACCAGACAUGAAACCUUUUGUGGUGGCCACACUUAUACUAGUUGUUGCUAGUAUAAGCAAAUGUGGCGCAGCAGCUAUUGAUGAAAAAAAGACAGCCAAACGUCAGGUAUUCAAUGGAAACCAACGGCAAUGGUUUCAUCAUAAUCCAUAUGGAUGGUAUCCUCCACCACCCCCUCCACAACCAAUCCCUAUGCUUGUACCACAACCUAUUCCGGUGGCGGUAGAUAGGCCGCUGCCGAUACCCGUACCCCAGCCGGUACCCGUUGACGUACCGAGAGCUGUACAGGUACCAGUUCCGGUACCUCAACCUGUAAGCGUACCAAGGCCUGUUCCCGUAGCAAUUGACAGACCAGUUCCAAUUGCGGUUCCCGAAGCAGUACCAGUUCCUGUGCCGCAACCUGUUGCUGUACCGGUACCUCAACCUGUUCCCGUUGAUGUACCACAGCCUACUCCAGUCAGAGUACCAACACCUGUAGUUAUUCCAAUAGCUACACCAGUUGUCAUACAACAUGGACAACAAAUUCCACAUAAUCAUCCCUACUAUGGAGGCUGGCAUCGCGGUAGACGUGGUGCAACUAAUAGUAGCAAUACAACCGACAAUUCGUCGGAUAAUUCUUCAAUGAAACAUUAAAGACUAUCUAUAAUUAAUUUUCUUCAUCCCGACGUCAAUUUUUCGCCCUUGU